AUGGAAACUAAUCCAUGGACUGUAGAUGGGUUUGUAGGUACUCCAGAUAUGAUUGAGAAUAACGAAAGUAAUGAUUUCUUCCAAGUCGUACCUCCCACACCUAAAUCCCACCAAUAUAUCCAACAACAAUCUUAUACAAAUCCACAAUCGGGAAAUACAUAUUCACAUCCUGCCUUACAACAACAUCAACAGUUACAACAACAACAAGUAAAUUACGAUCAACAGAUGAAUUAUCAAAAUCAUAAUCGCCAAUCAAACUCAAAUACACAUGCACAUGCAAAUGCACAUGCAAAUGCACAUGCGCAUGCACAUCAAUUACGAUCAUCAGUAUCCGAAAUAUCUCUUCGAUCUCAUAGGUCAGCUUCGUCAACUUCGUCUUCACAUCUAUCAGGAUAUGCCUGGUCGACUGUACCUUCUGAUGACAAUUUUACCACUUCCGAAAUUGAUGAACCCGAGAACGAGAACGAGAACGAGAACGAAGAUCAAACUCAAUUCCAAAAUUAUGCGUUGUCAGCUUCUUCAAACCCUUUCAUUGGUGGUAAUGGUAUCGCUCAGAAUCACCUUAAUCAUAGCCAAGGGAAUAUUCAACAACAUAGUAGAGUACCGAGUUUAUCUAUUGAUCCUAAAUUAUUCCAUCAGAAACGCAACUCGAUCGCGAUCAGUAUCAAUGAUAACAAUAACAAUAACAAUAACAAUAACAUCCACGAAGAUGGUAUUGAAGAUGACAAUGGCGACGACGAUGAAAACGAUAUGGACAUGUUGGAAACGGCUAAACCUCAAUCUCAAUCCCGAUCCCAAUCCCAAUCCCAAUCCCAAUCCCAGACGAGUAAAGGAAAAUACAAGAAUAAGAAAAAUGAUAUAAUAGGUGAAAAACCUUCUUUGCCUAUACCCUCUAACUUUGGAUUAGGGAAUCAAUCGGAAGUGACAAAACCAAAAAGUAAGAAAGAAAGAGUCAAGAAAAUGGAUAAAGAAGGUAAAAAAGUCAGUCAUGCUAGAAAACAAACGGCAGAUCAUAUCCCUAGACCCAGAAAUGCCUUUAUCUUAUUCAGAAAACAUGUGGUAGACUCGAAAUUGAUUCCUGCAAGUGUCGAGAUGAGACAUCAGAACGUUAGUAUAAUCACCGCUAAAAUGUGGUCCGAGGCGCCUCCGGACCAAAAAGCACAAUUCAAUGAUUUGGCUAGAAUAGAAAAGGAAGAACAUUUGAAAAAAUACCCCGGAUAUCGAUAUCAACCGGUCUACAGACGAACCAACGUCAUUCGUAGAAGAGUUAGGAAAGAUGAAGCUGAAGAACAGAAAUGUAAAUCCGUAGCUGAAUUACUGAUCAAGGGUAAAAGUGGAGAAGCAUUGGAAAAUGAGAUCAAAGAGAAGAUCAGACGAGGAAGUGAUGUUUCUCCUGAAUCAACAAAAGAGAGGAGCGCUUCUAGGAGAUCAUCAGUCGCAGCAUGCGAACUAUCAAAAGGUGCUUUGAGGGCAUUACGCGCACAAGCUCGACAACAAUAUUCCGAAUCUGGAGACUGGUCAGAUAUAUCAAGAUCAUCAGUUGAUCCUGAAAUGAAAGUGGAAACACAAAUACAAACGCGUAGAUCUAGGUCAAGGAGACAAAGCUAUAUAAACAAUUCUAGAUCUAGCUCAAGAGAUAAUAGCUUAGAACCUGUUCAACAACCUAUAAUGGGAUUUGGUUUAGCUCCUUCACAGAUUCAAGGUUUCGCUCAAUCUCAAUCUCAAUCUCAAUCUCAAUCUCAAUUCCAAUCGCAAUUUCAGUCGCAAACCCAACCUCAAGAUGCAUUUUGGGAUGGCAUGGAAUACGCUUCAAUGUCAGGAUUCACUUUCAAUCAUGACAAUUGUCAACAUGCGAUUGAAUCUGAACAACUGCAUUAUCCUCAACAAUCUGUGCAACACCAUCAACAACAGCAAGAAUAUUCUUUCCCUCCCGAUAUAUCUAUACCUACUCAAGACCAGAUUCAUCAUCGAGGUCAAACGCAAUUUCAACCAUCGCACCAACCGAAUACAUCCAGUUUCUCUUCGACCUCACAAUCUUUCUCUGAUCCUUCAUCUUCACAUUCUUUCCUCUAUCCCCAACCUGGAUUUGCCAUCCACAUGCAAUCCCAAGGAAAUGGAAACCUUACCGAUAACAUCACCAACGUCAAUGAGAAUGAAUUUUAUACUUACGAUACUGCGUUACCUUUUUCACCUUCAGCCGGAACGUUUACAUUCCCACCCGAUGCGAACAACGGAAAUACAGCAAAUCCGCAGUCAGGCGACGGUACUCAUACCGGUGAUUACGCUUUCGCUUUACCAGAUCUUGAGGAGAAUAAUCACAACGAUAUUCAGCACGGUGACAACGAUUACAGAAAUGAUCAAUAUGAUAGGUCAAUACCUUUUUCACCUGUUAAAUGGGAUGGUAACCCUUUACUGCCACCUUCAAGCGGAGUUCCAUUGGAAGGCCUACCAUUCGAUGAUACGCUGAUGUUGGGUGAUUUUGAAGCUGCUUUGGCUCAUGCUGAUGAGGUUGGAGGAUGGUGA